CUCCUACUUGACGAAAACGAGGCGCGAUACACGGAUGACAGGUAGGAAUUCUCGACAAAAAAAUUCCCCAUGCCUAAGGUGUGUAUGAUUUAUCGAGCUGCAAGGCGAAAUCGAUAAGGUGACCUGAUUUCGGUAUUGUAUUCAGGAGACAUUGAAUGCCUGCGCCAUAACGCACCAGCAAAUCCUUUCAACAUUCACAGCGUUUGUGUAAAGAAUAAAAAAAUCCGCAAGGGACUACUUCUUUUAUUGUGCAUGUAUAGUCCCAUUGUCCCGUACGGCCGCACAGCGUACAGCUACAGGGGCUGAGCUGAAGGAGACAGCGUCUGUUGGGUAGCGGUCAGCCAGUGGUCGCUUCUCUCUCAACAAAACGUCGUCUGCAGAAGAUCAGUGUCACCGGGCGUUCGUGACAGGCUCACCAAACACAAUGUACUGUCGCAGAGACACGAGAAGAAAGCUCGUAUGUUUCCUGGCGGGGUUCGUGGUCGUUGGGGGUAUCACAGUUUCAUUGCUAGGACUCAUGAAGAAGGACCGUUCUCUUAAUGCCCAAAAUAUGACGGGCGAUCCUCGCAAGUCACGAACGUCUUUCAAAGACUUUGCGAUGCUCAGGCAUUACAAGUUGGGCAAAGAUACCAUACUAAGUUUUGCCGUGUACGACCCCAGGACCAUUAGACGGAUAAUCAUUUUCGCUGCACAACCACCUGCUUCUAAACCACUAGAAUGCCUCUUCGAGCAGAGUAAAACUCGUCCUAUAGUGCGAGCCACCAGAGAGCUGGUCAGUCCGAGUGCUGACACUAAUGACCUAUCCAAUGUCUUGAACUUUUACAGUUUUGAAUGUCCACUUCCAAAAGACAUGAUCGUUCCGCCACACAGUAUUGGGGUUCAGAGUCAAGGGACUUCUGAUCGGAUACCCAUUCCAGUUUCCAGGUUUCCAAAUCCACUGCAUCCAAGUGCUCCAAUUCAGCUGGCCGCUUGUAUCAAAUCAACACGUGGCAACUUCGACCCUGUGCGUUUAGUGGAAUGGUUCGAAAUGAAUAAACUUUUAGGUAUUGGGAAUUUUAUCAUGUAUGACGGGGGUGUCACAGGCAAGGCUAAGAGGGUCUUCGAUUAUUAUUCCAGCACAGGAGCCUUAACUCUCAUAACGGACAUGUUUUCCUCGUUCGUGAUUAACAAGGCCGAGUCCAUCAUACCGUACGCCUUCGUGUCAAGGCGAGAGGAGAAGCAAAAAGCACAACUCUUACAGGCAGAACUAGCGAGUAUCAACAACUGCAUAUACCGCUUUAAAGAUAAAUAUAACCACAUUUUAGUGAUCGAUCUUGAUGAUGUCCUCAUUCCUUCCAACGAAGAACCCAUCACGAAACUUCUUGAGCGUUUAGUCCAGUGGCAACCUAAGGCCUCGGCAUACGCGUUCCAAUCUGUUCACCACUUCACAGACUUCGGUUCCAGCGAUACCACUCACAAGAUCCCCACCUAUCUCCAUAUGCUGCGUCACUUAAGGCGUACCGAGGUGGACUGGUUUCAGGCCAAGAGCAUCCUUGUACCUGAUAGGGUGUACACCGCCAAUUGGCACAAACCACGACCACUAAGACCGCAGAAGGACACAAUUCAGAAGGUCGAGGAAAGAGCUGGUUUCAUCCACCAUUAUCGUGACCACUGCAAUUAUUGGUUCUCUGAUAGACCUUGUAGCAAAGUGCUCAAAUCUUGGACGGUUGAUUCUAUUGUGCCUCGAUAUAAAGAUCGUUUGGAUGCCAACGUGUUAAAGAUUCUUAAGAAGCUAAACCUACUGGAUAGCGUUGGUAACGGCAAAUUUCCUUCUUACAAAAUGGAUUCAUUUGAAGGAAGUCAGCCCAAGAGACUAGGCUUAGGAAGUGAUAAAGAAAACGUAAAGCCAAAAUUUAGCAUUAAUUCUGCCAACAUCCCCUCAACAAAACGCCCUUUCCUAAGUGCCGACGAUGUAAAUACACAGCCAAAGUCAAGGGUGACUUCCCUUGGCGCAAAUACCAUCAGACCCCAAACUUUAAGUGGCAGUCGAGACAACGAGCAUUUGCCAGCAGAGGCAAAGUCUCUUGGCAGGCGUCCCACUACAAGAAGACCAACAGCAAGAGAAUACCAAGACAACAAACAAACACAACCAAAUUCUUUUGGCAGGCGUUCCACUACAAAACGACCAGCAGUAAGAGAAUACCAAGACAACAAACAAACACAACCAAAUCCUUUUGGCAGGCGUCCCACUACAAGACGACCAGUAGCAAGAGAAUACCAAGACAACAAACAAACACAACCAAAUCUUCUUGACAGGCGUCCCACUACAAAACGACCAGCAGUAAGAGAAUACCAAGACAACAGACAAUCACAUCCAGAAACCAAUCCUCCUAGCAGGCGUCCUGCUGCAGGAGAACGCCAAGAUAACGGGCAAUUCGAACCACAGAAUUGGCCUCUGGGCAUGCGUUAUACUACAAGAAGCCCAGUUUUAGAUACCAAUCCUGGAAAAGCAAAACUAAACAUAAAUUCUGUAAAUCAGCGCCGUACAAAACGACCUCCCAUGGUUAAACCGGGCAACGGAACAUAUGCAACGGUCUUAAACAUGGGACAAAAUGUCCCGAAAGAGGCCUGGCCAAAGUCAGUGAAUCGAAAUCGAACUCUAGACAAGUCAAAAGACGGUGAACGAAAAAGUGUCCCAGGAAUAUCUCGAAAUCAGCUAUAUGAUAAAAGCAAGUAGCUCAAGAACGUGCCUUAACCAAAAGGAAUAAUUUCCCAAACUUACCACUUGCUAACUAGAGAGAAAGGAUAUCAAAAGAAUGAGCUCACACCAUGUUAUUGGGUGGUUAAAAAAGAUGUUGACAUUUUUGAUGACGUAGCCUUUUUCUACUAGAAGACAAUCUUCACAAUGUUUUCCAUAGACCCGUCUUACAGACAUGUAAGUUUUAUGUGGUGAAAGUUUUGGUUUUUUUUUUACUUGUAUACCAUCAUUUUGCCAGCACAUCUCAAUAGUUUAUAAUGUGCUCGUUCCAAGCAUCUUGGCGCCAAAUCACUGUGGAUAUACUCGCACAAUGAAGUUUGUACUGAUAGUGUGCAACAUGUCGUGGGAAUUUCUUCUGAUCUUCGUUGAAAUGUUAUUCUUGAGAGCAUCAAUAAAUUGAGAAUUGUUGAUAUAGGCACUGUCUUCUAGGUUUCCUUACAGAAAACAAUCUAUGAUAAACUUUUUUUGCGAUAAAUGUCUGUUAGACGGGUCUAUGAAAAAAUUGCUCAUUUUGUCUUUUGGUGGAUAAAUUAUUUUUCAGAAAUGUAAACACUUUUUGGGUCACUCUGUAUAACGCUCUACUCGAUAUGUUAGCUGUUAAGUCUUGUAUCAAUGUUUUAGAUAUUUUACAAACAUAGCCAUUUUGUACGCGGAGACAUUUUUAUUGCGAAUUUACGUUUUCUGGGGCUCCUUCAUUUAUGGAAACAAAUACUGAAACGUUAAGAAGCAGUUUAUGGAUAAGGGUGUCUAUUUAUUUUAAAAAAACUAUAUUAAAACCGCACUGGGGUGGAUGACACAAACAGCACCGCUGACAAAACUGAUCUAUGUAACUUAGAAGUGCUGAUUCACUGUAUGCCGCCCAACGCGUAAUAUUGUGAGAUUUAUCUGCGGCUGUGCACAUUACAUCUAAAUACAGAUAGAUAGAGAAGCAAUACUCAGACGAAAUGUGUCAUGGACCCACAACUUCAGCAGAAACAUUAAUAUCAUUCAGGAUUGACAUGCAAUAUUCAAGUCGCAUUGUGAUACAUUUUAAGAGGUUUUUGCCUACAUGCUGUAUAUAUGUAUGUGUACUUUUUUGUCUGUGCUUGUGUGUGUUUAAAACAAUUAGGGGAUUAUUAAAAAAUCAGUUAAAACCUUACUGUAAAAUGUAGUUAAUUGGGCAAUAUAUCUUAUUAGAAUGUUUUAAUAGCAAAUAAAAGGCAAACAAUGA